UGCGGAAACAUGGGUCUCUUUGACCGCGGGGUUCAGAUGCUGCUGACCACGGUGGGCGCCUUCGCUGCCUUCAGUCUCAUGACCAUCGCGGUCGGCACGGACUACUGGCUCUAUUCACGAGGAGUGUGCAAAAUAAAGACUAACAACGAAAAUGAGACCAGUAAGAAAAACGAAGAGGUGAUGACGCACUCUGGACUGUGGAGAACCUGCUGUUUAGAAGGGAACUUUAAAGGGCUGUGUAAACAGAUCGAUCACUUUCCUGAAGACGCGGACUACGAAGCUGACGCGGGAGAGUACUUCCUUCGAGCAGUGAGGGCGUCCAGUAUAUUCCCCAUCCUUAGCGUGAUCCUACUCUUCAUGGGAGGUCUCUGUAUUGCGGCCAGUGAGUUCUACAAGUCACGUCACAACAUCAUCCUCAGUGCAGGGAUCCUCUUCGUGUCUGCAGGUUUGAGCAACAUCAUUGGCAUGAUUGUCUACAUAUCAGCAAACGCCGGUGACCCCACCAAGAGCGACUCGAAAAAGAACAGCUAUUCGUAUGGCUGGAGCUUCUACUUUGGUGCUCUGUCCUUCAUCAUGGCUGAAAUGGUGGGUGUCCUGGCCGUGCACAUGUUUAUCGACCGGCACCGUGAACUCCGGGCUGCCAACGCCCGGGCUGGAAGAGGCAUUGCCACUGGAAACGCAGACUACCUGCACGGCUCAGCCAUCACACGCAUCCCCAGCUACCGCUACCGUUAUCGGCGCCGCUCACGCUCCUCCAGCCGCUCCACGGAACCCUCACAGUCACGUGACACCUCUCCGCUGGGCCUCAAGGGCUUUGGAGCUCUGCCAUCCACCGACAUCUCCAUGUACACUCUGACCCGCGGCGGAGGAGAUACACUGAAAGCCACGCCCCCAGCCACCUACAACUCGGAGAGGGACCAUAACUUCCUGCAGGUCCACAACUGUAUCCAGAAAGACGCGAAGGACUCACACAGCAAUGCUGCCAACCGUCGCACUACGCCUGUAUGAGCACCACAGAGACCAAUACUGGCAGGGAGGGAAAGUGACUGAACAUGGGCCAGAAAAAGAGAGACAGGGAACAAAUGAGUGAGAGAAAGGAUGGAGAACCAGAACAUGAGGGGUAAUAAUGACUGGGGAUACAAGAGCUCUCUGAGCUAUGAGCUAUUUACAACGAUGAAGAUGACUAUGAGUUUCCAUGUUGAAAAAAAGUGAAAAAGUGAAAAAUGUCCAAAAAAAAGAGAUAAAGAAAAUGCAUGAUUUUCCCAUCUACCGUAAUUUAACGAGUUUUAAACCAUGUUUCAAAAGAAGAGGAGCGAGUAAUGGGGAGAAAGAGAACAAGAGAAACAGAAAGAGAGACAGAGACAUAAACAGGUGAAAGAAAGGGAGGGUGUAGUAGAGGAUGAGCAUUGUGAGUCUUAAAAGGUUUAUAUUUUUUCAACUCUCUUCUCAGUGUCCAGGGCGACCUGUGACUCUGCCCCCUCCUCCCUGCCCCCUCCUCCCUGCCCACCUCCCUCUUUACUCCCUGUAUGUAUCCAUCUCAUUCUUUUGCGCAUUAAUACUGUGAAGCGUUGUGGCCGAGGUGUACCCAGGGGGAAAAAAGACAAACCUGUAUCCUGGCCACAACUUAUAAGUUAAUAUAUGUAUUAAUUAUAUAUGAAUAUAUAAAUAUAUAUAUAUGUUAAUAAACCACAGAUAGACUUCCCUGACGCAAGAGAAGGACGGAAAAAAAAGACAUAAAAAAUGAGAACAAAUCAAAAGUCAAUAAAGUCGUCAUGGAAACAAAAGAAUUGGGGAAUGGGUUUUAUUGUGACUCACUGGAGGAGGGGGAAAAAAAGGAAAUAGAUGUUUUUGUAAACAGCAAGCUAGUUUUGUUCAAAAGUGGUCUUGCUUAUGCGCUACACCAUUUACAGUGAAAAUGUGGAAGGGUUACAUGGUCUAGGCAUUUUUGAAGCCAAAAGAGUCACUGUGCAAUGGUUGCAUAAGCACUGACACUUAUGUAACAACACACAUGUAAGAUGCGGCUCAAACAGCAGAAAUGACACGAUAUGAAAGGACCAACUCAUGCACUUGUGUAAGUUAUAAAAUAUAAAUCUAAUUCUUUCAUUUCAACCAAUAACAGUUUGAUAUUAUUAAAAAAGAAAUAGACGUGUCCAAGUUUAAGACAAUGCAGGAUGUCAAACUGGCAGCUAUAAGCGACCCUUAACUGUUGGUAAGAUUAUCCUCACACCUAGAUGUAGUGCAAAAC